AUGAAUAGCAUCAAUCUCAUUGACGAAUUGAAACUCUACAAGACACUCGACGCUGCCAUCACUAAGAGCCAUGAUAUCCAAAGCGAUAUCAAUGGCCCAAAUGUAUCCAAGGAGACAAUCAAUACUGGAUUCGCUGCAUUGAACAUCAUCAUGGAUGACAUCAGACCCAUUGACGAAUUGAAGCUCUCUGAAACCCUCGACACUGCCACCAUUAAGAUCCAUGAUAUUCAAAACGAUGUCAACGAACCGAACGUAUCCAAGGAGACAAUCAAUACUGCAUUCACUGCAUUGACCAAGAUUAUUGAGGAGAUCAAAACCGACCUCGCCAAUCGUUCUAUCAAUGCUAGAGUUGGCCACGCUGUCGACUUUGCCGUAUCGAGAACCGAUAGCCUUCCUAGACUAUACGCUGGCUUGCCCAAUCCUGAUCUGCCAGAUUGGCCCGGAGUACGCAUGGGCCUCGUAAAUCAAGUCAAAGCCAAGAUCGAGGCCCACUAUUACCAGCUCGAAGGUAGCAUGCUCAUGUCCUUGGACCCGAAAGUGUUUGAGGAUCAGGCAAGAAAAGAGGCAUCGACCAUCGUCUUUGCCAACGUGGAGGAGUUUCCAGAUGACAUGGCCGCGGAGUUGCAGGAAAACACACACAUCUAG